UGGCGGACGACAAGGAGGGUCGAGUUGCUUCCUUGUUAAUUCAUUACGAUAAAACGUAGGAAUAUGAAUUUUACAAACAGUCCACUAUUCAUCCAGUGAAGAUGUUACCAAUACUUCAAACUUGCGUUAGGAAUAAUAGUGUCAAUGGCUUUAUAAGCUUUUGGAUAUCAUGAGCAAGAUGAAAUUGGCUAGACAAAGGAUAAGGCGAGAAGUCAUUUUGGAGUAACUCGUUGACCUAUUGAAAUUUGGAGGGACUUUCCCUUGUGUCAUUAUGGAAGACUAGGGUGCAUCACGGGAAAAGUUUUCCAGCCCAAGGGAAACGCGAACUAACGCAUCGUUUUACUCUAACUCACGUCAGAACAGCUCCUCGUACGCAAGAAAUGAAUAUCACGAAUCGCGACCCAUGCUUGAAGACCUUUCCUGACGAACACCUGCGAAACUGAAAGAUGCAAAUGCCAGAAAGUUGCAAAGGAUCUUGGCCUCUUGAUUCCAGCUGUUUAGUUUACAAUCUUGAAAUUUUGAAAGCAUGUCGUCAUCAUUUUGCGCAUAUUGGUGGUUCCUUGCCUGAAGAUUCACUGUGUUUUCUGUCAUCUGAAGUAUCACAUCUUUGUCCUGGUCCAUUUGUUCAAAUCCAACUUGUGGUUGCACUGAGAACUGGUAAUAAUGAACUGCUUGAUUGUCACCUUGUUGCUGGUGAAACUGGACAAUUCAAAGUGAAUGGGGGACGAGGUGUGAUUGAAGCAGAAGUGAAACCAGUUGGUUGCAAGCAUUUGGUAGAAACAUUGUCCAUAGACUGUGGUGGGAAAGAGCUGCCAACCUGUACUGGGAAUUUUUUGUUUCUCCUUCCAGUUAGCAGUUCCACUUACCAAGUUAACAUUAGAUUCAGAGCGUUAACUGGAGAAUUGCUGGAUGAAAUUUCUAAGCCCAUUUUGACCCAUCGUCAAGGAACAAACUUGUUUGAUUACUGUGAUGGUCACUCCCUGCCAUCAGUGGAAUUCCCCAUCUCCAAAAAGCAACCAGUUGGCAUUCUGGGAAUCCCUGAGGGUCAGAAUAUUGUCUCGUAUUUUCAAGAAUUGGUGGAAAAUGGUGCAAUUGAGUGCUUCAGAAGAGAUAAGCUGUGUCUCAUGCAACACAUAAAUACAUCCAAUCAUGUGGAGGAAAAGUAUCAGGAUUUGCUUCUUGCUGUGAAAUUAGAGGAGUGUCUCAUUUUGUAUCAGAUGGGGGAUUUUGAAGGAUGCAAGCAUGCAGGUGAAGAAGUCUGUAUUCAGGCAAACAGGAACCACUCAACAAACUAUAACGCACUUGUUGGAAGAGCAAAAAGUGUUGUCUCUGGGGCCUUCAGGAUGGAGGAAGACUUUGAGAAGGCUGAAGAACUAUUGGAUUCCUCUACUGAGCUGUUACAGGCAGUUGUUCCCAAUGAAGAGACUUCAAUCAACCACACCAGGGUUGCUGCUCUGUUGUGCGAGAAGGCAGCUGUCAGGGGAAUCACCAAAUCAGAAAGAAAGAAGUUGAAGAAAGCCUUGAAGGAUGUGAUACUGCGCCCCAGACAUCGAUUUGAAAGGAAUCAAAGCAGGAAUGCGAGGAGUCGCAGAAGAGCUCUUAUCAGGGCAAUACUCUUCUACCUUUGCUCAAGAAAAGGCAAAGCCACCAACCUUCAGACGGAUGUGUCCCAAAAGGAUUUAGCAAGAGCGGAGGAAUUUGCUCAAAAGUUCAAGAGAGAUUACCUUACCAAUUGUCCUAUGAGAGAUAGGGCAGGGUUUUAUAGUGCUUAUGGUGAUCUGCUAACAAGAAAAGGACAAUAUGAAGAAGCCAUCCGUUCAGUGUCUGAGGCGUUGAAAAUAGCAGAAGAUCUUCAUCUGCGGAUAGAUGUAAACGGAGCACGUGACCGACUUCAGCAACUCGAUCGGCUGCGUAUGGUGCGAGAGGAGACAGGACGGAGGCGCCGUGACUUGGCCGACAGGAGAAUGGAGGAAUAUCAUGGCUACCAAGAGCCAGGAUGUGAAGUUCUUCCAGGACUUCUUAUGGAACUCGAUAGGGCGAUGAAUUGAGAACCUAAUAGAAACGGGAAGUUACAACACUUCACCAUCUCCCUUAUUCAAAAGCAUCACGAACUGUCAUUCACUGUCUAAAGCGGGUUCCUGUCAGCAUUCUUAUGAAAACAAAUCUACAGUAGGGUGUCCUGUUUUUGCACCUCGCUAAUUUUAUAGCUUAGGUUAAGUUGAAUUCAACGUAUAAACGGAGUUACUCUAAAAUAUAGGGGAAGUGUCGGCCAAUCGUAUUUUUCUCUGUAGCUUUAGAGCGUAGGCAUAUAGAGCUAUAAGUUGUCGUUGAAAACUUUUUUUCCUUUGUCAUUAAAAGAUAGCGUGGGGGAGAGGAAGGUUAUUUAGUCGCUGCCUGAUCAGCUCGAUCAGUAGAAUGCGAAAAGACUGGUACGGAUUUCGGCCCGUGAGCUGCCUUAUGGAUGAGGCUGUUAUUCUCUGAUAAGGUUCUUCAAGAUAAACAGUAACUUGUAUAUUCGCGACUACAGUCACUGAGAACAUUGAAGAAGUCAGUGCUAGGGACUGGUCUCGUUUCGCCGGUUCAUACCUCGCAUACGGUAGACCUCAGCGCACCUUUUCCACUCCCAGGAAAAUGUAGCCUUUAUGUUAAGAUAUCAUUGACUACUGUACCGUAAUGAUUACAAAGUGACACAUGUAAUUCAGAUGGUAGUAUAGCAUAAACUAUCUUUUGUUAUCUCACAUUUUAUUAGAGGUAAAUUUUUUUUACUUUAGUGCACGACACUCGAAGUGAAGAAUAUUCACUCGACUGUGCAUCACAAAGAUAAACUUUGUAAGGUGUUAGAUUACUCAAGAAACUUUAGAAAUGCAGCAAAAGAAGGCUUAAUGAGGACAACCCAUUGGGCGGCGUACUAUUUUACAAAUCCACAUUCUUGGUAUCCUGUACACGAAUGAGCCAUGAUCCCGUCGAGCAUACCAGCAAUUCAACCGUUACCACCUGUGCCGAUGGCACCACAGAGCAUACAGAAAAUGAAGGAUUGGGCGUAAACAUUUGUUGCAGCAGUGCGUUAGCGCUCUAUCAGACAGGAAACAACGAUGGCAAGAGAUGGAACUUCCCC